UUAAAAUGCAUUGCGCUAACAGCAGCAUACAGCUUUUAAAUCACGUGCUACUAGUGUUAUGUGUUGUUAAUUACAUUCAAUGCAGUUACGACCAAAAGGACGUGGUUCGAAUCUUUGGUCCACGACUAGUACCUGAGCACAGUGAGCUGACGUUGGAAUGCGAAGCUGUAGCGGAAGAUCUUCAAAACGCUACCAUCAAUUGGUUCUUUUCAGAAAUCAUGACCCCUAUAAGCACAAACAAGUAUCAUUCGCCAACCGUUGGAAAAAGCACGCUUCAAAUCAAUCACGUAUUAAGACAGCAGACCAACAUUUAUUACUGCUGUUUGAAUGACUCAACAACGAUUUGUGCAUCGCAGAGUGUGAUCGUACUGUACACAACAUUGGAUCGUCAGAUAAUGCCGAUCAACGAAACGAGUGGUGUACUGAUUCUACAAACUCAAUCUGCCGACGGUGUUCCGGAGCAGUUAGUCAAAUUUAACUUCGCGCUAUGUCUACGCUACAGAUGGAAGUUUGAAAAUGUUGAUAUCGUAUCGUUGGCCGGUACUGAUCACCAUCACAACGAGACGGUCAGGAAAAAAAUUGACCGAACACUAUUAUGGAACCAUCUGUACUAUAAUGUGGAGUACAAUCUUCGUACCGAGAGUCGAUUAUUUCAAGUCCAAUUAAGUGACAGCGUGUCCGAGGCAGCGUACUAUUUGUAUGUCUUUUUAAAUGGCAAACCUAGACCGAAGAUGCAUGAUAUCGCGAUGCUACCCGACACGGGAUUCAUCGAUUUGAGCUGCUGGGGAACGGCAGUCCCUGCACCGAGAGUGACGUUUUCCUUCACACCAUGUCCAUCACAGGAGUGGAACAAUUGUAACCACCCGCCAGUUACUUUAGCUGAAUCCACAUCCACUAGAAGUUCGAUCGCCUUCAACGAAAGUACGCAAGUGAUCGGUUCGACCUUAUCUUCCGGUAUAGUGCACUGUAAGGCUACCAACUCCCAGGGUACAUCCUGGACGCACGCCAAACUGUUCCAGCUCCAUCAGUACGAAGCAAUAACGUUACGGGUAGUGCACCCGAGUAGCGUAAUCUACGUAGGCGAUACGAUCACUGCCCAAUGCUCCGUAGAUCGUUACAAUUUCACAAACAGAUUUACGUUCCGUGUCCUCGAUCUACGAGAGGAAGCAUUGGGUCUUCAAGAAAACUUUAACUGGGUAGCUAAUUUAACGAUUAACAAUGUCACAAUAUCCCAAAACCGUAUAGUAUGCGAAUCACUGCAUCAAAAUGGAACACUAAUAAGCAAAACAUUAGCGUUAAGCAUUGUACAGCCCUACAUAGAAGCUCAGGACAGGGUGAGACAUUUGGUUGCAGAACCCGACACACAAUUACUACUAAGUUGUAAUGUGAACGGUAGGCCUAUGCCGCAGUACCGCUGGUUUCAAAAUGGCAUCGAACUGCCGCACACCAACUUUAUGCUGAUUGCAUCAGUAUCCGGAGACGACAAGUUUGAAUGUAUCGCAAGGAAUCGAGUGGACGAGUUGACCAUAACAUGGUUGAUAUCGAGUAGUGGUAGCAAUAGUGGUACAGGUAGUAUAGAGUUUAAUUCUCACUGUAUAACAGCCAUUGUUCUCCUGCUUAUAGCUAUUAUGGGAGCUGUCUUGUGUUACUUCAAAGCCAAGCAGCUAUGCACACUGUUCCGGCUUCUCAAAGCCAUCAGGACUCGCAGCCGAAAUUAUUGACAGAGUUCUCAAUAAAGUAUU